UGAUUUUCAGGCGGGCCAUUACAUUAAUUAUGUGUUUCCGGGGAAGGUAAAUAAGAAGCACAAGCGGAAGUUGUUGUCAGUUUGGACGUUUGCUAGCAUUAGCCGCUGUGGAAUAUGUGUACUUUGCAGCUUUUGCCCUUUGGUUGGGAAGACUUAGCUAGCCCGGAGGCUAACAGGAUGGCUCGAUGACGGCCGAAGGUUCUGGCUGAACAUCGGGGAAAAGGCUGAGAGCUCUGGGAGCGGAGAGAUGGACUUCUCCAAGUUCCUGGAUGAUGAUUUCGAUGUGAAGGACUGGGUGAACGGCGCCUUCAAGAUGGUGCAGAAGGAGGCUCCGGGGAAGGCGGACACUCAUGCAGCAACUCUGGUGAUGAAGCUGCAGCUCUUCAUCCAGGAGGUCAACAAUGCUAUCGAGGAGAGCAGUAAUCAGGCGCUGCAGAACAUGCCCCGGGUUCUGCGGGAUGUGGAGGCACUGAAGCAGGAGGCGUCCUUCCUGAAGGAGCAGAUGGUCCUCGUCAAGGAGGACAUAAAGAAGUUCGAGCAGGACACCGUGCAAUCCAUGCAGGUCCUGGUGGAGAUAGAUCAGGUGAAGAGUCGGAUGCAGCUGGCCGCUGAGGCUCUGCAGGAGGCAGAUAAAUGGAGCACCCUGAGCGCAGACAUUGAGGAAACCUUCAAAACUCAGGACCUGGAAAUCAUUUCGUCCAAGCUGACCAGCAUGCAGAACAGCCUGGCCAUGCUGGUGGACACACCGGACUAUUCUGAGAAGUGCGUCCACCUGGAGGCGCUGAAGAACCGCCUGGAGGCCAUGGCCAGUCCUCAGAUAGUAGCAACCUUCAACUCCAUGUCUCUAGAUCAGGCCAAGGUGUUUGUUAAAGUCUUCACAGAGAUCGACAGAAUACCCCAGCUUCUGGCGUACUACUAUAAAUGUCACAAGGGCCAGUUGGUGAGCAUAUGGCAGGAUCUCUCUCAGAGCGAGCUCAGUCUGAAUCAGCAGCUGUCCGAGUUCUACGAUACGUUACUCUCCACUUGGCACGCACAGGUUCAGUGGAGCAGCCAGGUGUUUAAGAACCCGUAUGAAGUGGUGACGGUUCUGCUGAUCCAGACGCUGGGGGCCAUGGUGCCGUCCAUCCCUGUGUGUCUGAGCAGCGCCAUGGAGCGGGCCGCCUUGGAGCAGCGCCUGGACUCCCUGCUGGAGCUCCACCAAACCACCUCCACCUUCGGCCACAGCCUGGAGGCGGCCAUGUUCCCACACCUGGGUGAGAAUAACCUGCUGAAGGUGAACGAACUGGUCUGCGCGCUCUACGACCCGUACAAGUCCUACCAGCUGCAGUACGGCGAGCUGGAGGAGGCGUUCCUGCUCAUCCAGAUCAGCGCCGUUCCUCUGGAACACGGGGAGGUAAUCGACUGCGUGGAGGAGCUCAGCCACUCUGUGGGGAAGUUGUUUGGCCUGGCGAGCGGCGCCGUGGAGCGCUGCGUCCGACUGACCGAUGGGCUGGCCGUGUGCGGCCUGCUCAGAGCUCUCAAAGCCCUCUUCACCAAGUAUGUGUCGGACUUCUCUACAACGCUCCAGUCAAUCAGGAAGAAAUGCAGACUGGAGGAAACGCCAAGUUCCUCUGCUUUCCAGGAGGACUGGACCGCCUUCCAGAACUCAGUCCGGAUCAUCGCCACAUGUGGAGAAUUGCUGCGACAGUGCGGUGCCUUUGAGCAGCAGCUGUCAAACAAGAUCCUGGGCACAGCGGGUAAGUACUUAUCGGAGUCUUACAGCCCACGCAGCCUGGCCGGUAUUCAGGAGGCCAGCUCGACGGAAAGGAAAAACGCCACUAAAAACCCCUGGCAGGAGUACAACUACCUCCAGAGGGGCAACGUGGCCGAAUACAACAACCUGAUGGAGAUCCUGUUCUCCCUGAAGGAGAAAGGCACGGGGAACUCCAACCUGCUGGCUGAACCCAGAUCAGCUCUGACCCGCCUCAACCAGCAGGCCAACCAGCUGGCCUUUGACUCCGUCUUCCUGCAGAUCAAACAUCAGCUCUGCCUCGUCUCCAAGAUGGAGAGUCAGGACGCUUCUGCUAUUGGAGAGAGCUACACUGAAGACCUGCCGACUUUCAGCCUGUCACCACAGGAGUAUAUCACAAACAUUGGACAGUACCUCAUGUCUCUGCCUCUCCACCUGGAGCCCUUUGUGACCCAGGAGGACCCGGCGCUAGAGAUGGCCUUACCUGGGAAGCUGCCUUUCCCUCCAGAGCAAGGCGAUGACCUUCCUGAGUUGGACAACACAGCAGACUACUGGCUGGGCUCCAUCGCCAGGGCAACCAUGCAGACCUACUGCGACGCCAUUUUGCUCAUCCCCCACCUCUCCCCUCAUUCCACCAAACAGCUGGCCACAGAUAUCGAGUAUCUGAGCAACGUGAUGGACGCUCUGGGCCUGCAGCCGUCCCGCUCGCUGCAGCACAUCGUCACGCUGCUGAGAGCCAAACCUGAAGACUACCGGCAGACGGCCAAGCUGCUGCCGCGCCGCCUGGCGUCCAGCCUGGCCGCGCUGCGCGCCAUCGACUACUAGCCAUUAACAAUGAAUAACGGCUGUUUUACACGUUGCUCUUCUUUGAUUCGGCCUUUUCUGUGAUCAUUCUCUUUGUGUUUGGCAGCAUUUUGGGUUUUUGUUCAUUUUGGAGCAGAAGAAACUGAGAUCAGAAGGUUUUCCACAUUCUUUCCCAAGUUUUACCAGGAAGUCUGCCUUCAGUUUAAGCCAAAAUCUGAUAUUUAUAUAUUGAUAUUUAUGCAUUUAUAAGAGAGUAAAUUCUAUUAUCCAUAUAUCUAAUUAACUAUUCCAUACUGAUAACUGAUCUGGGUGAUGAAGCUAUUCAGAGGAGGUUGUUCUGUUCUGCUUUUUAUUAAAUCAGUCUCAUGUUUUGCUAAAACAUAAUUAGAGGAUAUAUUUCGGUUUUGUUUGGGAUGAUUGUCUCUAUUUUGGGUAGCAAAGCUUUUUUUGUAUUGUGAAAAUCUGUAUUAUAAAAAUCUAUAAUGGA